AUGUCUAGCGCCGUUGCUCCCCAUGAACCGGCCACGGUGCGGCCGCGGGCGGUUCCCAUUCAGGCCGACCCCAAGUCUGACAUGACGUUGAAUCCGCCAGUGGACAAGCUGGUCUUGGACACAAGUGGCCGCUCAACCCCGGUCCCCGAAGAUGCACCCCCCUCGGCGCAUUCGAUCUCAACAGCUCGCAAGCAGGUGCGAGCCCGGAAUCGCCUAUUCUAUACUAUCGACUACGUCCCGCGCGUGUCCCACUUUGAUCCUGAGAGUGACUACCAUAACUUCCGCGGGUUCUUUACCCUGUUCUGGAUCAGCUUGGUGAUCAUGGUCGUGACAACGGUGCUGCGCAAUAUCAAGGACACCGGAUCACCGCUGCGCGUCCGUGUCUGGAGCUUGCUAUCUGCAAAUGUUUUUGAAUUAGGUCUGAGUGAUCUGGCCAUGGUGGUGAGCUCGGGACUUGUCCUGCCGCUGCACCGGCUAUACCGGAGCGGGCCACGAUGGUUGCGGUGGGCGCGUGGAGGUAUGGUGGUGCAGAGUAUUGGAGAGGCUCUUUGGAUGAUGUUUUGGACCAAUUGGCCCUUCAUGCGCCGCUGGACCUGGACCGCUCAGGUGUUCUUUACCCUUCACCUGCUGACCAUCCUGAUGAAGCUUCAUUCAUAUGCUUUCUACAACGGCCAUCUGAGCGAGACAGAGCGCCGCCUCGCCUCACUGGACAAACCCGGUCCUAUUUCCCCGAGCUCACCGGCAGCAGUGCGAUACCCAGAACCGUAUCGACGCCGGCCAUCGAUGAGGCCACAGCACGAUGAAGGUGACGGCACACAAAUCGAGCCUCUCAUUCGUCUACGCGAGGACCUCGCCACAGAGCUAACCUCGCCGCUGGGUAAUAUCUCGUACCCGCAGAACCUGCACAUCGGCAACUACGUAGACUUCCUUUUCUGCCCAACACUUUGCUACGAACUCGAGUACCCGCGACGGAAAGCCCGGCGCUGGAGCGAGAUCGCCUGGAAGGCGAUGGCCGUCUUCGGAUGUAUCUUCCUUCUGACGCUGACCAGCGAGGAGUUCAUUGUGCCGGUCCUCAGCGAGGCACACGGCCAGUUGGAGGCCCUUGACAGCUUCGUUGACAAGGCGCUCAUCCUGGCCGAAACUAUAAGCAUGCUUCUGUUCCCUUUCAUGGUGACGUUCUUGCUGGUGUUCCUGGUCAUCUUCGAGUACGUGCUGGGCGCGUUCGCCGAGUACACUCGCUUUGCGGACCGGCAUUUCUAUUCGGAUUGGUGGAACUCCUGUGAUUGGAUGGAAUUCUCUCGCGAGUGGAACGUCCCCGUCCACCAUUUCCUCUUCCGCCAUGUCUACUUCCCCUCCCGCUCUCAUUUCUCCCAGCCUGUGGCUAUGUUCAUCACGUUCUUGGUGAGCUCCGUGUUCCAUGAGCUGGUGAUGAGCUGUAUCACCAAGAAGCUGCGAGGUUACGGCUUCAUCAUGAUGAUGUUGCAGUUACCCAUUGUUGCAGUCCAGAAGUCUUCUUUCUUCCGGGGACGCACAACCCUCAACAAUACAUUCUUCUGGUUUUCAAUGAUAUUCGGCCUAUCGAUGAUGUGUGUAUUUUAUGUCCUUGUCUGA